CGUACAACACGAUACAAUUCUCAAAUCCAAUAAAUUACUGUCGACUACUCAACAACACAAAUAUCAUCGGUGGAUCUCUCUCCAUCAUCAUCAUUUUCAUUUUGUAUCAACCUAGGGUUUCUUUCUCUCUCUACAUCUCGAUCCCUCCUCCUUCUUCGAUCUGAUCAUAUCUCUCUCUCUCUAGAAUCGAGUUCUUUGAUUCAUCGAGUCAAUGGACGCGAUCGACGAAUUGGCUCAGCUCGCCGAUUCGAUGCGCCAAGCAUCUGCUUUGCUUGCCGACGAAGAUGUGGACGAAAACUCAUCGUCCUCGCGCCGCCCUUCCACUUUCCUCAACGUCGUUGCUCUCGGCAAUACUGGUGCGGGUAAAUCGGCUGUGUUGAACAGUCUAAUUGGACAUCCUGCUCUGCCAACUGGUGAAGGUGGUGCUACCCGUGCUCCCAUAUGCAUUGAUUUGGCAAGGGAUAGUUCUUUAAGUAGCAAAUCAAUUAUUUUGCAGAUUGACAGUAAGAACCAACAGGUUUCUGCAAGUGCUCUACGGCAUUCUUUACAGGAUAGACUAAGCAAAAGUUCAGGCAAGAGUCGUGAUGAAAUACAUUUGAAACUCCGCACAAGUACAGCUCCACCAUUGAAAUUGAUUGAUUUGCCUGGAGUGGAUAAAGGAAGUUUUGAUGACUCAUUGAGUGUGUAUGUAGAACACAACGAUGCAAUAUUGCUAGUUGUAAUACCUGCUGCCCUGGCACCAGAAAUUUCCUCAUAUAAGGGCCUCAGAAUUGCAAAGGAAUAUGAUGGAGAAAGUACCAGGACUAUUGGUGUUAUUAGUAAAAUAGAUCAAGCAGCUACAGAACCAAAAGUUCUUGCAGCUGUUCAGGCUCUUCUACUGGGUCAGGGACCACGAAGUACAUCUGAUAUCCCAUGGGUUGCUUUGAUUGGUCAAACUGUUGCUAUAGCUUCUACACAGUCAGGAAAUGUCGGGUCUGAAAACUCGUUAGAAACAGCUUGGCAAGCUGAGAGUGAAAGUCUAAAAUCUAUAUUAACAGGAGCCCCUCAAAGCAAGCUUGGUAGAUUAGCUUUGGUAGAGACCCUUGCCCACCAAAUUCGUAACCGCAUGAAAGUCAGGCUUCCGAAUCUCCUCUCAGGGCUUCAGGGAAAGUCUCAAGUGGUGCAAGAUGAAUUAGUAAGGCUUGGUGAACAAAUGGUCAAUAGUGCUGAAGGUACAAGGGCUCUGGCAUUGGAGCUUUGCCGUGAAUUUGAGGAUAAAUUUCUGCUACAUAUUACAAGUGGUGAGGGUAGCGGUUGGAAAAUUGUUGCUAGUUUUGAGGGCAACUUCCCUAACAGGAUUAAGCAGCUCCCCUUAGACAGACAUUUUGACCUAAACAAUGUCAAGCGGAUUGUUCUUGAAGCAGAUGGUUAUCAACCUUAUCUUAUAUCCCCAGAGAAAGGUUUGAGGUCUUUAAUUAAAGGUGUUCUAGAGCUGGCAAAAGAACCUGCACGCCUAUGUGUUGAUGAGGUGCACCGUGUACUCGUGGAUAUAGUUUCAGCAGCUGCAAAUGGCACACCAGGUCUUGGAAGAUAUCCUCCUUUUAAGAGAGAGGUUGUGGCAAUUGCAAGUGCUGCAUUGGAUGGGUUUAAGAAUGAAGCAAAGAAUAUGGUGGUCGCCCUUGUUGAUAUGGAGCGUGCAUUUGUUCCUCCGCAACAUUUCAUCCGGUUGGUGCAGAGACGGAUGGAUAGGCAGCGGCGAGAGGAUGAGCUAAAGAACCGAUCUUCUAAAAAGGGAGUCGACGCAGAGCAAUCCAUACUAAAUAGGGCCACCAGCCCUCAAACAGGAGGCCAGCAAACUGGGGGGAGCUUAAAAUCAAUGAAGGAGAAACCUGGCCAGCAAGAUAAGGAUGUUCAAGAGGGGUCAGGAUUGAAGACGGCAGGGCCUGAUGGGGAGAUAACGGCAGGUUUCCUAUUGAAGAAAAGCGUAAAAAAGAGUGGAUGGAGUAGACGAUGGUUUGUUUUAAAUGAGAAAACUGGAAAGCUUGGAUACACCAAAAAGCAGGAAGAAAGACACUUUCAUGGCGUCAUCACCUUGGAGGAAUGUAAUAUUGAAGAAGUGUCUGAUGAAGAAGAAGCCCCCCCUCCAAAAAGUUCUAAGGACAAAAGUUCCAAGGACAAAAAGUCGAAUGGACCGGAUUCAGGGAAAGCACCCAGUCUUGUAUUCAAGAUUACAAGCAAGGUUGAAUACAAGACUGUUCUUAAAGCUCACAGCGCUGUUUUGUUAAAAGCUGAGAGUAUGGCAGAUAAGGUUGAGUGGUUAAGCAAGUUAGGAAAAGUGGUGCCUCCUUCUCAAGGAGGUCAACUGAAGGGUGGUGAACCUGGUAUUUCAAUGCGGCAAAGUCUUUCUGAUGGUUCUCUUGACACAAUGGCCAGGAGACCUGCUGAUCCAGAGGAGGAACUUAGAUGGAUGGCCCAAGAAGUACGCGGAUAUGUUGAAGCUGUUCUGAACAGCCUUGCUGCCAAUGUCCCAAAAGCAGUGGUUCUUUGCCAAGUGGAGAAAGCCAAGGAAGACAUGCUUAAUAAGUUGUACAGUUCAGUCAGCUCUCAAAGUAUGGCAAGGAUUGAAGAGUUGCUGAUGGAGGACCAAAAUGUAAAGCGCAAGAGGGAGCGUUGUCAGAAACAAUCUUCUCUUCUUUCAAAGCUCACCAGGCAACUUAGUAUUCAUGACAAUCGGGCAGCUGCAGCCUCCAGCAUGCUGGAUAGUGGUGGAUCAGAAAGCAGUCCAAGAACCAGUGGACCCGGUGAGGAUUGGAGAUCUGCAUUUGAUGCUGCAGCAAAUGGUCCCUCCGACUCAUCUAGGUUUGGGUCGAAUGGUCACAGUCGCCGGUACAGUGAUCCCGACCAAAAUGGUGACGUAAGCUCAGGCUCAAGGUCUGGCAGCCGCCGCACCCCGAACCGGUUGCCUCCUGCACCACCAGGUUCUUCAUACAAGUAUUAGAUAGGGUUUUGUGACGGGGAUUGAUUCAUGCAUUAUUCUUGUUUGGGCAAGUGUUUGCUCUUGCUCCCCAUUUUGAGCUCUUGUCGAGCUCAAAUUUAUAUAAUAUUUUUAUAGUAGCAGCUUUUGUAGAAUUGGGAAAUAUGCGUGGUGUCUGUAGAUAGAGAUAGUAGUUUCAUUUUUAUUUUAUUUUCUUUUUCUCCUCAUGUUCACAGCUUGCUGGAUUUUUGAGGUGUACUUGCCUAUGUAUUCAUGAUGAUAAUCUCCUCUUUUUCUUUUUGAGGGGUUGCCAAACAUUAUUAGAAUUUUUUUUGUUUUCUUUCCUGUAGUGAUGAACAUAAUUACGUACAAAAAAAAUUGAUUUUAUUUUUUUGGGUUACUGAAUGAAUAACUGAGUUUUGAUU